AUGGCUUCUACAAGUAAAAGAAAUUCUGCAGUGAGAACUCAAAAUACGUUUUCCCCUGAAGAUGGAGUCUGCAAGAAUGGAUUCCUCAUCAAAUCACCCCCUCUUCAACUUUUCAGCUCACAGAAUUCCUGGAAAAAGCGUUUUUUCAUCCUGUCCAAAUCCAGCAAGGGCAAUUACAUCCUGAAGUAUCUAAAAGGCCAGAACACAAAAGGUUCCAUAGCUGUUGAUCAAAUCAUAAAUAUCACAGUUGGCAUAAGCAAUUCUGAAACUAUGGAAACGGUGAGGAAGAUGUUUAAAUGCCUUCCUGAACAGGUGAUGUCCAUCAGCACUGGAAACCGAUGUUACUACCUCAUUGGGAGCAGCAGGCAGGAAACAGAGGAGUGGGUCACUGCGAUAUCUUCAAUCUGCUGGGAGUCCAAAAGAGGUGGAUGCUGCCCUCAGAACCAGGAUCUUCCAAAAUCAGAAGUCAGAAGCCGACCAUCCUCUUUGCCACUAGUCUUUAAUUCUGGAGAUACAACCAGUUUCCCGGAAAGGCAAAGCUACCAGAAGGAGAAUGGUCCCUCGGAAGACAAGAACAGGCCUAAUUCAGAUCCUGGCCCUCACCAGUCUCGGUGUGACUUACCCAGAGCAGUUUAUUCAAGCUUGGUAAGCAGAACAAAUCAAACAGAAAAUCUGCUGUCAUCGGACACAGAUGAAGACAUCAAAAAGGACGAGGAAGAUUAUUACCAAACUCCCAGCAACAUCUUAGCAAAGUGCGCUGAUGAAGUAUCAAAGCCUGACCCUACAGCUGAGUCUGAUGCCCCUGUGCAAGAGAAGCCAGUGCAGAACCCAGUAAAGGAGAACAUCUAUAUGUCAAUGAAAUCACU